AUGAUAAGUCAUGAAGAGUAUAAACAACAAUUAAAGAAUCUUUAUGAAUCCACAGGCUUUCAAGAAUGGGGAAAAUGCAAACAUAUUCAUCUAUCUCCAAGUUAUGAUUGGCUAUCAAUCAACGCUGAUUUCCCCUCUAACCCUAAUAUAUCUCCAGAGCAGCAAGACUUCGCUCACCUCGAAUUGAAAAUUGUUUAUUCUGUUGUGUAUAAAGAACCGCAAUUGUUGUUGCGUGUCUGGAAAUACGCUGUUGAUGAAACCGGUAUUACAGUUAAGGUUCCCGUUUUCCCACCGGACAUUAAAGACUUUUUAAAUCUUCCUGCUUGGAUCCAAAUUAACUUAGAUAUUCAUUCCCAUGAUGGCCUUGCGGAAACAUGGUACUUCAUACAUCCUUGCGACACUUCUGAAAUUGUUGGUAUGUGUCACCAUGAGAAGUAUCUAGAGCGAUGGACUAGUACCUUUGUAUCCAGUUUGCUACCGUAA